UGAUAAAAAGAAAGCAAAUUUCCCCACUUGCUUUUAUAUAAUAUUUGUUUGGUUAAAAUAUUAAUUAGUCCACGUACUCUUUGUAAAUUCAAAAUUUAAUUAUUAUAUUUUUAUUUGUAGAAAUUUAGUACUUUUACUUUUGAGAUUUUAAAUCCAAGUUUAAUUGUUAAUGCCAUCAAAUUUUUAUUUUAAUAAAUUUAACAAUAUUAAUAAUAGGAUUAGAAUUUUGAUAUUUGAAAAGUAAAAGUAGACUAAUAAGUUAUUUUAAUUGUUUAAGGGAAACGAUAACGUUUUCAAGAGUAUUUGCAUUUCUGACAAAGGCGGUAUUCGAUGCCACCGACCAUGUAUGUAUGGAAAUCAUAAAAAUGCUUUGAGAAGGGCUCCAGCAAGCUGACACAUGUCCACCUAUUGUUGGGCCUUUUCUACUAUUUACCCAAUUAAUAAUCAAGAUAUUGCCCUCUCUAUCAAUAUUUUAUUAUUUCCCCUUUUUCCCCCUUUCACCGCCUCUCAGUAUAAAUAACACCUAUAUCUGUCCCACCAAAUCCCUUAAUCAAAAUCGUAGAAAAGAUGGAUGAUGUUGUGCCUGAAGCUGAUAGCUUGUUGCAUCCCAUUAAUCCCAAGGGAGAUGAUGAAGCAGGAGCUAAACAACAUGGGGAAGAGAAAGAGAGAGCUAAUGGAAGUGGAUUCAUUAAUCAUCUCAUCUCAAAUUUGGUUACUGCAGGAUCAGAUGCUGAUGAAGAGAACCAAGCUAAAGAAGCUGAGAAAGAGACCAUGAGUGCAGGUGCAGAGGCCAAAAAUGAAGAGAAGGGAGGUGGGUUUUUUGAUCAAAUCAUUUCAAACUUGGUCAGUCCUUUAAGUCCCAAAGCUGGAAGCAUCAGUGCUCAAGGAAAAGCUGAAGCUUUUGGUGAAUCUGGUUUGAGACCAGAGGCAGAAAAGGGUGGUGGAGGAGGAGGAGGGGGUAUGAACAAAGAGGAGCAAACAGAGGAUGGAGGAGGUAUCAUUGAUAACAUUGUCUCGCAGUUGCCAACAUCUCUUCCAGAUGAUGCAGCACCCACCAGUGAUGAAGCUACUAUUCUGAUUCACAUCGUUCAAGAUUAAACAACUGUUGAUGAUUGAGGAAUGAUUUGUCUUCUUGUGUUAAAAUACAUAUUUAUUUAAGUAUUUUGUUUAUUGUUUAAUGUUUAAUGUCAAAAUCCUUUGAGACAAUUUAUUACAAGUGUUGGAGAUUGAUUGA